AUGAAUUUUUUAAGUCGCAAACUAAUCGGACCACCUUCAUCGCCAUCAGUAUUAAAUACUGCUAGAUCUGGUCCUGAAGCAUUCGCAUCUAAUUCUGCAUAUGGACGAGGAUUUUUUGAACUUGGGGCUUAUUCAGUUGCUUUAAAACGAUGUGAAAAUGGCCAUGAUCUAGCUCAACAACUUGCAGAUAUGUUUGAAGAACGAGCACAACUUGAAUUAAAUUAUGCAACUCAAUUACGUGGUUGGUCACAUAAAUGGCGUAAAGAUUUAACAAAAUCACAAGAAUAUGGAACAAAUAAAAUAGUUUGGGAUGAAACUGCAAAGACAGGUAUGUUUUUUUCAUUUUUUUUUAAAUUUCAUUGGUUUUAUCAGACAACUAAAACAGGUGAAUUGAUGGCUGAUGUUCACUCAAUACUAUCAACAUCAUUGAGUGAAUCAUUAAUUCCAAAACUUCGACAAUGGCGUAAAGAUCGUUAUGAAAAAUCUUUAUUACAAUAUAAAAAGACGAAAGAAUUUGAAAAAGAAUUUCUUGAUGCCCAAAAAUCUUGGAGUAAAUUAUUAGAAAGAAUAUCAGAAUGUAAAACAGCAUACUAUUCUGCAUGUAAAACAGCUAAAUUAGCUGAUGAUGCUGAACGUACAGCACCUGCUGAUCAACAAAAAAAAUAUGCUGAUAAAGCUGAAGUAGCAAGACGUGAAAUUGGUUUUACAAAAACAAAAUAUCAACAAGUUAUUAAUGAAGCUAAAGAACAAAGACCACGUUAUGAAUCAGCAAUGAAAGAAGUUUUUGAACGUACACAAGCAUUUGAAAAAGAACGUUUGCAAUUUUUCAAAGAAACAUAUGACGAAUAUUCAAAAUUAUUAGAAACAGUGACAUUAGAUAAUUCGAUUUUGAAAAAGAUGAAUGAUGAUUAUAAAGCUUCUUUAUCUACACAUCAUCCUGAACAAGAUUUAGCAUGGUGGGAUCAAAAUUAUGGUACUCAAACAAAUUGUCGAUGGCCUGAAUAUGAAGAAUAUAGAGAUUAA